AUGAACACUCCAUUCGAGGACGACGCGUUCUCUGAAUCCAGGCAUUUCACAUUUCAGAUCCUUCUAAGUUCGGCGGCAAACCAGCUACAUCUUCUGCGUUUCGAACUACGAAUACUACGAUUCUUCAACGAUAUAUGCCUACCGCAUUUCACCUACAAUGUCAAUAAAAGACAGGCGUCUGUCUGGGAAAAUGUCGUGCCACAGUACUUCAACGACUGUCUUCUGAUAAAGCUGGCUAUACUUGCAACGGGCUGUCUAAGCCUUAUGCCCACAAUGGGCUUCCAGCGAGUCAUUCGUGAUGGAAUGACGGAGGAAGAGGUGCUGAUGGAGCUAGAACAAGUUUGUGACCAGUUCGAUGUCCAGCAGUUGUUCGCUGACGAGAACUUAUUAGAAGGCGGUGAGGUCAAUUUAUUCAGGAAGGCCUCUGAGCUUCUUUCUGAGUCCAUGAAUGACAUUCAGCAAGCGAUGCUAAAACUCCAAUCACCAGGGUUGACACAAUUGGAGAAGCUUCCGUAUAUCAUCGGCGCCACGAUCGGAAAUUCAUUUCUUUUUGGCUUUUUGGGCCUCCACCCCUGGAAGUUGGUGCCAUUGGUGCAUUUCCCAGAGGAUGGCGAGCGUAAAGCCGAUUUGCUUGAUGUGGCCUCUGGUCUCAAAAGCAUGGUCCUAGCCUACAUUGGCCCCCUUCAAGCUUCAGACAUUGGAGAGCUAUUUCACAACGACGAGCUCGCUCUUUCUCCCAGAACCAAGAUCAAAAUAGUCGAGGAUAUCAAGAAGCAGCUCAACGAAUACCUCCUGGAUUUCAGUUUCUUUGAAAUUGACCUGGAAAGAAGCCACAUGAUCAAUACAUACAGAGAAUGUGUACAGACGUUGGAGAAGGUCUGUGGCCUUGCAUUCAAAUUCAACUAUCCAGUCAUGCUAUUCAGAUGGCUCUUUUUGAUUAACCACGAUUACGUUAAAUACGUUCGCUCACAGGAGCCCUUUGCGCUAAGGCUAUUGUACAUCUAUCUGUGUAUGUGCGUGCAUUACAAGUUUUGGCUCUUUGAGUACAGCAUAUGGCGAGACUAUGUUGUGUAUUACAGAGCAAGGUUUGGCCCCCUCUGUGAAUUUGACGAGAGACUUUAUCAUUUUGUCGUCACAAGGAAACAGUAUGUACUUGGCGACAAUUACAGAAGCAUCAAAGAUCUUGACGUUUGGUCCGAUCAGUUUGACUACUGA